AGCCCGGCGGUUGGAAACAAAUGCAGAACAAAGGCUGGAAGAGGAACCCCUGACAAUGAGAGGUUUUGAGGCGGGUGUGUGCAUUUGUUAAGAGCACUCUCCUAAAAAGGCAGCCGUUUAAUAUCUCAUGUGCUCCCCGCUUUAUCUCCUACAUAUUUAUCUCCUCUUCUUUCCUUACAUUCAUCCUUUCCACACUCUACUUUUUCACUCCUUCGAUGCCUACCUGACAUACACUCCUUAUAAUCCACCAUGGGCUUCUUCAGUCGUUUUCGAAAGCGCUCCAAGAGCCACUCGCGCAACGCCGCCAAAUGCUACGACAACCUCCGCAUCAACGCCAACACCUCCCCGGAUGGUGUUCCUUCCGUCCCUCCCCUUGGCCGCGAUUUCACCAAAGACCUCCCUCCAUCGGUUCUGGCGCGGAUUCUGUCCGCCGUCUGCCCACACACUCAGGAUGACUCCUACGAUACCUCCGAAGAAUCCAUGACCGAGGAUGGCUGUAUGCUCUGCGACAUGCGCGACCUGGCCCAUUGCGCCCAGGUAUCUAGGCGAUGGACCGUGGAGGCUCGGAAGCUGCUGUACUGUCACAUCCGCAUCGACCCCGUCCACUACUGCGAACUCGAAGAACAACUGGCCGAAAAACGAAAACGCCGCUCCUUUUUCGAUCGCAACGGCGAUCCCAUCGACGCACCGCAAGUCCGGCUGCAGCUCCUUAUGCGAACCGUGCGAGAGAACCGAGACUUGGGAGCCUGGGUGCUGUCGCUACGGAUGCCAUAUAUGACCCGGGAGGCAAAUAAGGCUGGAAUCGCCCGUACUGUUUCUGUGUUGCCUAAUCUGCGCUAUGUCGAUCUCCCCAAUGGCAUCUUCCAUGAUGACCAAUCCUGCCAUGCUCUGAAACAGGAGUUGAUGGCACGGUGUCCGGAUCUUCGUCGGAUGAGCUAUCGGCAUGGGGCCGAGGGGAGCUUUUCGCAGGUGUCUGGGACGCAUCUUUGGGGCAAUCUGGAGGUCUUGGAGUUGUCGGGGUUGUCGAUCGAGAUGAACGUUCUACGGUUCAGUUUGGGCUCGUUUCCGCGCUUACGGGAAUUGACUCUGGAGGAUGUCCCGUUGCUCGAUGAUUCCGCAUUCAUUGUCUCGGAGGCCCUCCCUCCUUUCCCACCGGUUCAACGGCUCACGCUUCGCGAUACCCCGAAUGUCACGGCAAGCGGGCUUGCCUCGUUCUUUUCAUCGCCCUCGAAUCGAAAGGCGUUGUUGAACCUGACCCUGUCAAACACAGGGGUCUCCCCGGCCACUCUGUACAGAAUCCUAGAUGCAGCACCACAACUGUGCGCACUGUCCGUCGUCCAAAGCGUGGCCCGAUCAUUCCCCAUCGACAAAAUCCGCCCACUAGCAUCAACCUCCCUCCAAACACUCCACUACGAAAUCAGCCCCGCCACCUCCGCCUCCUUCGGCAUGCUCCCCGUCUCCGCAUCCUAUUACAGCUACCUGAUCACUUCCCUCACCUCCAACUGCCUCCCGGCCCUGCAAGAACUCUACGUCCGCGACGCAACCUUUCCCGAAAACCUCAUGCUCGCACCACCACCACGCCUCUUUGGCGGCGGCGAGAACGGUCCGCAGUCGCUCGCAGGUGUCCUCUCCCAGCCCCUCAACGUGUACAGCAAGGGUCUGGACGAAUUGGAAUGGAACUUCACGCCCUACGAGCCACCAGCCACGCGCGGUCGCCGGGACAGCACGACCCGGCCGGUGAGUUUCCACGACGCGCACCUGAGUAAGUCGUGGGGCGGGGGUUCUAGGAGAAGCGUGCUGGUUGGUAACGGCUUUGGCGGGUUCCUCGCCGUGCCGGCGGAGGAUGGCCGGCCUAGGAGUAGUGGGGGAUUUAAGAGGGAUAGUCGGCAGGAUUUGUGGAGGUAACCUUUUUGCCUGGAAUUGGACGGCGUUGUUGGGAUAACAUUUCGUGUUGGAUAUUUCUUUCUUGCAAGCGGGU